AUGCAUCAAGCUUCAAAGAUGAAGCCAGCCCACAAGCAAAUAAGGACAAAACAGAACGGGGGGGUCGACACUCAUGCCGAACAUGCCUCCAACUCUGAUACGACAAGCCACGAAGAUAAACCCGAGUUUCGUACCGGCGGCAAGCCCGAAUUAACAGAAGACGACUGCUACGAAAGCCUCGGCUUCUGCUUCCCAGUAUGGAAGAAAUGGAUGAUUCUCAGCGUCAUCUUCGCGGUUCAAAUGUCCAUGAACUUCAACACAGGCGUCUACGCCAAUGCCGUCCCCGGUCUGACUGAAAAAUUCCGCAUCAGCGAACAAGCCGCGCGAGUCGGGCAAUGUGUGUUCCUAGUCGCAUACGCCUUUGGAUGUGAGCUUUGGGCACCCUGGAGCGAAGAAUUCGGCCGCUGGCCCAUCAUGCAGCUCUCCUUAUUCCUCGUCAACAUCUGGCAAAUCCCCUGCGCCCUCGCACCAAACUACGGCACCAUCGUCGUAUGUCGCGUCCUCGGUGGUCUCAGUUCCGCUGGAGGCUCAGUCACCCUCGGCAUGACAGCUGAUAUGUGGGAAGCCGACGACCAAGGCUACGCAGUGGCCUUUGUAGUUCUCUCGUCCGUAGGCGGAUCAACCGUCGGACCCUUUUUCGGCGGCAUGAUCGGCGAAUGGCUCUCCUGGCAAUGGGUAUUCUGGAUCCAAUUGAUCGUGGGAGCGGUAACCCAACUCAUGCACUUCUUCAUCGUCCCCGAAACCCGCACAACGAUCCUAAUCGACCGCGAAGCGAAACGCCGCCGCAAAAACGGCGAAGACGUCUGGGGUCCGAACGAGCUCAAAACCCCACGUCUGGACCUCCACGACGUCCUACGGAUCUGGAUCCGACCUUUCGAGAUGUUCCUCCGCGAGCCAAUCGUCCUCUUCCUCUCCCUCCUCUCCGGUUUCUCCGAUGCCCUGAUCUUCGUCUUCACAGAGUCCUUCGCCCUAGUCUUUGAACAAUGGUCCUUCAGCACCCUAGCUGUCGGUCUAACCUUCGGUUCAAUCCUCAUCGGCUAUAUAAUAGCAUACAUCAUCUUCCUACCGGAUAUCCACCGCCAAAUCCAGACACGACGCAAAUGCGGCGCAGCAAGUCGUCUCGCAGAGCGUCGUCUCCUCCUCCUCCUAUUCAUCGCACCUCUCGAACCAAUCGGUCUGCUCGGGUUCGCGUGGACAUCAACAGGCCCGCCAAUCCCCUGGAUCGCACCCUGCAUCUUCGCAUGUCUCAUCGCAAUGGCGAAUUUCGCAAUCUACAUGGCUACCAUUGACUACAUGGUUGCGGCGUACGGACCAUACUCUGCGUCUGCAACUGGUGGUAAUGGCUUCGCGAGAGACUUCCUCGCGGGUAUCGCGACCAUGUACUCCGUUCCCAUGUACCAGAAUAUGGGAAGCAAGUAUCAUCUCCAGUGGGCGAGUACGCUGCUCGGCUGUGUGGGAUUUUUGGUCUUGAUUCCGAUUUAUGUGUUCUACUGGAAGGGUCCGGAGAUUAGGAAGAAGAGUAAAUUCGCGCAGCAGCUUGCGGCUGAUCGCAAUAGGCAUACUGAGACUAGGAGGACUAGUCGGGCGAGGGCUUCGGUUGUGGCUUAG